UUAUAGUUGGCCUAAACUCCUUCUAAACCCACUUGACAAACUGCAAGUCUCUGCUCAACCCAUUGACAGGAAGCAAAAGAAGGCAUAGAGAUGGACACCACCAUCAUUGAGAGAUGGAAGCUUUGUAUAUGUGCAAGCUUCAUAGGCUGCAUCAUUCUAGUGCUGUGCCUCAAUCAGAGUCGCAACAGCGCCAACCUUUCAGCUCUUCAAAACCCAGCAAUAUCCAUAACAUCUUUCAAUCAGUUUCCCACCCCAAGCAUUGAGUUCUCCAACAGCGCCAACCUUUCAGCUCUUCAAAACCCAGCAAUAUCCAUAACAUCUUUCAAUCAGUUUCCCACCCCAAGCAUUGAGUUCUCUGCAGCAUCUACGCUCAUUGUGUUCAGGCCGAAAGCAGUGAACCACAACGAAGACAGGUGCAACAUCUUCGAUGGGCAAUGGGUUUACGACUCAAGGGCGAGGCCCUUCUAUGAAGGACCCCAGUGUCCAUUCCUCAGUGAUCAAGUAAGCUGCAGAAGGAACGGGAGAUCAGAUACUGACUAUGAGAAAUGGAGUUGGAGAGCAAAAGGCUGUGAGAUUCCAAGGUUUAAUGCCACAGACAUGCUGGAGAGGCUUAGAGGGAAGAGAGUGAUUAUAGUCGGAGACUCCCUCAAUAGAAACCAGUGGGAAUCGCUUGCUUGCCUUCUUUAUUCUGCUGUUCCUCCUUCACGAGCCUAUAUUGAAACUCGGAGCAGUGUCUACAAGGUCUUCAGAGCAAAGGACUACAACUGUUCCGUGGAGUUCUACUGGAGCCCAUUUCUAGUGCAGCUAGAUGUCAAAAAGGAAAAUGGCACUAGAGUACUGAGGCUUGAUAAACUUUCAAGCUCAGCCCGGCUGUGGCGAGGCGCGGACAUUAUGGUGUUCAACACUGGGCACUGGUGGGCGCAUCAAGGAAAGUUGAGAGCGUGGGACUUGUUUCAAUACAGGGGAAAAUUGGUGGAGGAAAUGGAGAUAGAAUCAGCAUUAGAUAUAGCCAUGAAGACCUGGGCACGUUGGAUCAGGCAUAAAUUGGAUAGGAAUAAAACAAGAGUAUUCUUCCGGAGCAUUUCACCCUCCCACACCGGGAAGCAAUGCUACAAUGAAACUCAGCCCAUCUUGGAUGAAUCCGAUGCAGCAUCAUUCCCCAAGUCCCUGACUGAGAUCAUUGAGGGAACAAUCAAAGCAAUGAAAAACCCAGUGCGAUACUUGAACAUCACCAAUCUAUCUGAGUACCGAAGAGAUGCCCAUCCAUCAAUCUAUUCCAGAAAGCAAGAGGAGCGACAACAGCGAAAAGAGUUUCAUCCUGAUUGUAGCCACUGGUGCCUGCCAGGGCUGCCGGAUACAUGGAACGGUCUAUUGUAUGCAUCCUUGGUGUUUGACACCUCAGGACACAUUUCUGAUUCUUGACAGACUGUUUGGUCUUUUUCCAGUGACCCUUUGAGCAGGUGUUAGUUUCUUUCUACUUAAAUAACUGUAAUUAUGGUAGAGGGUAAGAUCAUAAGACGUGUUGAUUCAGAAAACAUGUCCCAGGCUGAAAAAUGUGUUCAAAUUACACUAUUUACUCCCUUAUAUUUAUGGGGGCCUUUGCCAA